GUUGCAAUUGGUAGAAAUUUGUUAAAAUGGUAAGGUAAUUUGCAAGAAAUAUGUUGUCUAAACACAUGGCAAUAAUCAGCAAGAAUUUCAUAAAAUCCUCACAACGAGUUCGCGGAAACGUAUGAUGUAAACCAACGUUAUGUGAUCAUUUUAGAGUUCUCGAGUUGGAAAACCUAUGCGAUACUAUGGUUACAAAAUGUGACGGAUUAUCCAAACCUACUGUUGGAAUUAUAAAACUUGUCUGCAUUCUACUCUUACUUGACAUGGGCUUCUUCAAGAUUUCCUCCGGCCAACUCUCAGGGUCAUUCGCCACGUGUAAGACCGAAGGUGCGCCGGUCUACAUUCCCAUGGUGUCUGAUAACCCGUGCAUCUCAUGCGUGUGUGAGAAUAAAAUCGUCAAGUGCACUCAAACUAAAUGCCCCAGCACAGAGGGAUGUUAUGUCAUACUGUUCGACGACUUCCGGCAGGAGCGGAAAUGCUGCGACGUGUGUAAAGGAUGUUCACUUAAUGGCACGUCAUACGAGAGCGGAAGUAGAUGGACUGACCCACGUGACACGUGCAGAACGUACGAGUGCAAGGCCUCUGUGAUAACUCGGUCCUCGACUCAGUGCUACACGCCCUGCUCGAACCCUUCACCCGUCCCUGGCCAGUGUUGUCCGUCAUGUCAAGGCUGCUACUUUGAUGGUCGACAUUUCAGGGAAGGGGAGCGGUUCAACCUGUCAACGGACAUGUGUGUUCAGUGCGCAUGCGAGGGAGGGAGUGUUACUUGUCAAAAGCAACAAUGUCCCGUACUCAACUGCCCCGAGGACGCGAUUUAUUCUGUACCGGAAGAUUGCUGCCCUAGAUGUAGAGGAGAGCGCCGGAUAUUCAACCUGCCAGGCGGCCGCUGCUUCUUCCAGAAGAAGAUCUACAGCAACGAGCGGCACUUCCGGUCGGACAAGUGUACGCGAUGUCAGUGUAAGGAUGGAACCUCGAUCUGCGAGCGGGAGUCAUGUCCCCACCUCCCUUGUCCCCAAGACCAACAACUUCCGGUUCCAGGAUCGUGCUGUCGGAUGUGCCCGGAGAAACAGCAUUGUCUCCAUGAAGUAACUGUCUACGCUCACGGGCAGCAGUGGGAGCCAGACACGUGCACGACGUGCGACUGUGAUGACGGGGUUACCCAUUGCCAGACCCAGCACUGCAACAACGCCCUCUGGUGUCCGCACGGAUACACACUGCAGUUCGAUGACUCGGAGUGCUGCCCCAAGUGUGUAGAAACCCGCGCCACGUGCACGGUAUACGGAGACCCGCACUACAGAACGUUCGACAACAAGAUGUACAACUUCCAGGGGCCCUGUAAAUACAUCCUCACGGAGGAAUGUCUCCGACAAACAUUUUCCGUCCGUGUACGAAACGACGCGAGGACGAGUAGUAGCUUCACGUGGACGAAAAUGGUGGUGAUAUUUUUAGAAGAUAUUCGGAUUAAUUUAUUGCAAAAGAAACGGGUAAAAGUCAACAAGAAACGGGUAUAUUUGCCAUAUAAACAUAACGAGAUUCCCUCGUUCACCAUAGUGGAGGCGGCCCACAUGGUUGUUUUUAACUGGUCCACUGACCUGACUGUCACGUGGGACGGAGAUAGCUUCGUUGAGGUUUCUAUAUCAAGUCGGUACAAGAGAAAAAUGUGCGGACUCUGUGGGAACUUUAACGGUCUCGAGUUCGAUGAUUUCAUCGGUAAAGAUGGCCGCCAGUAUUUGACCGGCGAGGAAUUCGGCGAUACGUGGCGCUACGGGACUCGCAGCGCAUGCGUGAUAAAACCGGAAGUGCCGACAGAAUCUCAUUGCGGGAAUGACAGCGUGGCGGCGCUGCAUGCAAAGAAGGAGUGUAGUUUCCUGCUCGGUCCGGUGUUUCACAACUGCCGGAAGGUGGUCGACGUGCGGCCGUACUACAGUUCGUGUCUCACAGACACAUGUGAAUGUCCGAAAGACAGGCGCUGUGAGUGUGAGGCAUUCCGCGCAUACUCCCGCGCAUGCGCGCAGCAUGACGUCAACAUAGACUGGGAAACCAUAGCGCCUUGUGCAGCUGAAAGCCGGUGCCCUAUUGGCUCGAUGUUCAAGAAAUGUGCGACGCCGUGUCCAAAGACUUGUGAAAACUUCAACAAGAUAGAGCCAUGUCUCAAGCCCUGCGUACGCGCGUGCCAGUGUCGCUCCGGACUGGUUCUACAUGACAAUGCGUGUAUACUACCGUCUAGCUGUCCAGCAAGAUGACACAGUCUAACAAAUUAGUCUAGCUGUCCAGCAAGAUGUAACAGUCUAACAAAUAAGUCGAGUUUUCGGCAAAGUGGGCUUAAUGCAUGUGCGUGAAGUAUUUGUUAACAGGCUCAUCAGUGACGACACUUCCGCCUAGUUGGUAUUUUUGAUUAGAGAGGACUUCUUUUAAACGAAAAAUACCUUAAAAGCGGAAAGUGUCGACACUUUACGCACAUGUAUAAGUCCAGUUUUCCUACAAAGGAUACGCGCUUCUCAUAGUAAAAGAUGAGUGUUGCGUCAGUAGCACAAACAAACGACCCCACUGUGGGCACGUGUCCCCGUGACGCAUCCAUGGUUUCCGGCCAGCGGAAGGAACCGAUUUUAACUAAAACCGGAAGCGGCUAUUUGUUAACAAUUCGCACUUCCGGUCUGUUUUGGAAGGUUGAAGUGACAGACGAGCGUCGUUCAAUAAUCAUUGUAUCAGGCACGAUACAAAUUUAUGCGCCAUUUGCACUCCAAAUAUAAUAGACCAUACCUGAACCGGUCUGACAUUAUUUAAUGUUUCCCGUUUUAAAGGAUUUGAUAAUUGUCUAUUUUAUUUACGAAAUACUCGAUUUGUCUCUAGGGCAAUCAUCAAAAUCAAAUAAUGUUGAUUUUAUGGUUGAACCGGAAAUGUUUUAAAAUACGCAAGUAGGGAGGUGUAUGACGUAAAGAUGCCUGCAACAUCACUACUUUCAUGUCACUUCAUAUCUUACUGUCCUAUCAUUGUCUUAACGAGAACGCGUUGUAUUAGUUGUCUUUCAACAACACUUGUUUCAUUAUUUAUUUAAAAUGCGCUAAAAAUAAGAAUAAUAUUUAAAGUGAAUUUUCUACGUAUCUUUUUAUGAAUAACGAUUGUCAAAAGUGUUUUUGGCACCCACAAAUAAUAUGCGUUUUUAUAAAUGCCUAAGUGUUGCGAUGGAGAAAUGACUUUUCAAGUCAUGUAUGUAUAUUUUCAGUAAGAACACAUAUACUUUAAUUGCAUGAUACAAUUUACCGUUUUUAAGAAUCUCUUUUGUUCAUUCAAUUCUUUGUAUUUUACCCGGUGUUGUAUUUUACCCCUUUUCAUCAUUUACUUGAAUUCAGUCUCAUUUUUAUUAACGAGAACGUUAUCUUACGCGAAGAGUCUUUAUUUGCAUCAUAAAAUGUUUGCAUAUUUCUUUAAAAGCAUACACAUUUUUAUUUUUCAUUGUUCGGUAUGCGUAUGAUAUCGACAUUUGAACACUGAAAUAUUCCCAAGUGAAUUAGGCCGGUUAGAUAAAUAUUUGGUUUUCUUGAUGUCUGUCUACCACGUCGACCGCUUCUAGUGUCAAUAUUUUUGUUCAGUUCUCAUGAACUCUCCGCCAUAUAUUGGCAUUUCUAUGGUUACAUAAAGCUUCCCUAUCAUGUUGAUUUAUAUUCAAUAAUUGUGAUUAUGUACAAUUAUGAAAUAUUCAAUGUAUGUUCACGUAAGUUAGUUUUCAAGAAGUGAUUGUGUCAUUGAUAUUUUACAUUUCGUCUUUCCUGAGAACCAUGGGCCAGUUGACGAGAUACAAAUCUCAUUGUUGUUGUUGUUGUUUUCUUGCAUAUGAGCUUCGUUCUGAGAAAACUGGGCUUAAUGAAUGAGCGUAAAGUGUCGUCCCAGAUUAGCCUUUACGGUCCACACAGGCUAAUCAGGGACGACACUUUUCGCAUAAACUGGAUGUUUGUUUAGAAUACACUUCCUUUAAACGAAAAUUUCCUUAAAAGAGGAAAGUGACGUCCUUGAUAAGCGUGUACGGACUGCACAUGCUGAUCCGUGACGACACUUUACGCACAUUUAUUAAGCCCGGUUUGUCUCAGAGUGUAUUAUAUUUACAAAAAAAAAAUGUAAUAUGUAUAUUUAUCCAUACAUGUAGUUAGCAAGCUAUGUACGUCUAUCCAUUCGAUUAGCGAAUUUAGCUAGAUUUAUUUAAGUGUGCAAGAAAUAUAUAAUAUAUGUGAGUCGUACAUUGACAAAACGGUUCUUUUGACAAUAUCAACGAGAACUGUUCUAUCUAUAAGUAAAUAUACUAAUAUCAGGGAAGAAAUAUCCUAAUGCAAAAUCAUUUUGCUUUGUUUUAAAGACAUUCUGUCAUUUGUGUUGGUGUAUCUUAACCUGUUUUAUCGUUACGUGUAUUUUAAUGUAGACGACCAAACUUUUACCUUUUGUCGCUGCCAUUAAUACUGCAAAAUCAGUUAUGUUCGUCGGCUUUAAAUUUUGUGAUAUUUAAGAAAUUAACUUCGGAUUUUGGAAAAACAAAAGGAUUUUGCCUCCGUCAUCGUCCGAUAUGUACAAUACGUGGAUCGGUCAAGCUUCGAUAUCAACAAAAUUAAAAUCCCCAUGAAUAAAACUGAUUUCACAAUAACCGUCUAUGUAUGUGCAUGUACAAUCUCCCGCCUUCUUUCAUAUUUUAACAGCAUCUACCUCAUUGCGAUUAUAACUAACGUCAUGUGAGUAAUUCGACCAUUUUCUAUUAUGAUAAGGAGAUACAUCAAAGGGGGUAAUCACGUGGCAAACAAGAUGGCGACGUCCAUGCCGAGACAGGUAUUUUUCGCCGUUAUAUACCCUUUAUUAAUCGUAUUGAUUGCUUAAAUAUAUUCAAUACAAGUAAUAAGAGUAUAAAAAUGUCUUAAAUACCUGUUUCGGCAUGAACGUCGCCAUGUUGGUUGUCAUGUGAUUAACCCCUCUGUACAAGCGCCGCGCUCUAAGAAAAUGGGGGUUUGAUGCAUGUGCGUAAAGUGAUGUCACAGAUUGGACUAAUCAGGGACGACGAUUUUCGGGAGUUUUUGUUAAAGAAACUUACUUUUCACAAAAACAAUCAUUUCAAGGAUAUGUUUUGUUCCGGUUAUCCUGUACAUAUAGCAUUAAGUCCCAUUUUCCUAGAUUGAAACUCAUGCUUAGUGUACUGUGCCACAUCAUAAUUACACGUAAUAAAGUUGACUAGUGUUAUAAAAUCCUGGUAGCGUUUUUUACAGCAUGUUAAAGAAAUAUAUGAAGCCACAUUUUACAGUUAGCAUACGCAGAAGGUAAAUAUGGAACACCUUUAUGACGACACAAACGUGAAUUUUGCUGAGUUGUUAAAGAGCAUAAAACAUAUUAAACUCAAUUUAUUAUAAAUAUUUGGUGAUUCUUUCACAAUGUUCAAAUCUUUGUUUUUAAUGGAACAUACAUUUAUCUAGUUUGGGUAUUUUUACGAAAUAAUGUUUGUAUAUAGUAUAUGCUAAUUUAUUUCAUUAAUUACUUUUAUUUUUAACUGACUGUAUUCCAUUUGAAAUUUAUGAAUUUUUAAUUAGCUCACUGUGCCAUGAUGAAAAUAAAACAGACAGCAAAGUUA